GGCCAGCUCAAGGUGCAAUGGGCAAGGGAUAAUAGCUUUUUACUUCAAAAUGGCUGGUUUAGAAGUCAUAGACUCCUCGAGGAAAAAACACAUUAGGCAACCACCAUCAGUGCCAUUUCUCUGGGAAGUAAGGCCCGGGGUGGCAAAAAGAGACUGGAAACCUGAGGUUUCUUCGGUUACCCCAGUUCAACUACCUCCUGUCAAGCUCAUCGCCUCAGUGCCCUUCAACUGGGAGGAAAAGCCUGGGAAACCUCUAUCCUGUUUCUCACAAUCACCAGAAUCAGCAUUUAUAACCCCACAGGCAAAUCUCCUUGCUUUACCAUGGCAUGUUACGUGCUCUCAAGGAGAUGACAAUCACAAGCAAGAGGAUGGUGAUUCUGGUGAGGAGAAUUUUGGAGAUGAACGAGUAAUGUUUAACUCAGAUCUUGAAUCAUUCAGUUUCGAGACAGAUGAUUCGUUUCGUUCAGCACAGUCUCUCUUGGCUAAUUGCAUGGUUUCAUCGGUGGCAAUUUCUACUGCUGUUCCGGUGCAAACAACGUCUCCAACAGAUGAUAGCAAUGGCCAGCAGGAAACCCCAUCAUCGCCAACUUCUGAAACUGAUAGUAGCACAAGCAGUUAUGCAACUGGCGUAUCAAGUCUUGAGGGGGCUGCUUUCUUGGAAUGUCUCUUUCCAUUAUAUAAACCCAAAUCUGGUUUUCUAGGAAAGGCUUCCCAUCCCAGAAAGGAAUCUUUUACUCCGGAGCUAAACAGCAGAGAUUUUGAUUAUGAACGUAAUAGCAGUGUCAUGAUAAGGAGACCACUAACGCUUGGUGAACUGAUAAUGAUGAGCCGAAGGAGGAGUUGUCAGAGAAAAGCUGUUCAAAUGAGAAAACAGAAUCCAUCAAUGAAAUUUAUGGACAAGAAAGCUUUUGGAUGCUGCAUCUUUGGAACUAGCAUCAAUAUGAUUGAAGGACUGCAGAGGAAGAUGCGCCAACCAAGACUGAAAAUAGGGCAUUUGUCACUAUGAACCACCCGAAGUUCAUUUCUUUGAUCAGUCCUUUUCAGAUCGUUCUAGCUUUCCACUUCCAGGCAAAUAUGUAAACAAUUUACAGCAUUUAGAAUGUAACCCAAUCUUGAAAAUUGCCAGAACUCCCAAGAUAUCAAAUUGGAAUUUUCCAUUGA